AUGGAGGGAAAGAAACAAGUGGGGUCAUCAUCAUCAUCAUCAUCUUCUUCUUCUUUCACUUCUGAAUUGUUUGGCUCAAAGGAGUACUCACCGUCCUCUUCGGGAAUUUUUGGCUCUAUUUUUGCUCCUUCUUCCCCCAAGAACUUUUGUGCGAAAUUCAUCAUGUUGGUGUUGAUCCAGGUUUUAGGGAGAGAGUCAUUGCGCUCCGAAGUGGUUGGGAAAAAGCAGGAUUCGGCAAAUGAUGCUUGGAAUACCAAAUUUGGAACUCCAGCUGCAGAUUUGACUCCCAAAAGCAAUGGAGGUGAAAGCCAGAGCAUGCCAAACAAAGAUAUGAGUUCCAUUUAUCAGGAACAAAGAGUACAACCGUGUCAUCUUAGUUCGUCAAUCUAUUAUGGGGGUCAAGAUAUCUAUCAUCAUCCUCAGAAUGCCCAUACCUCAAGUAUGAACACAAUGUUCAAAAAGGAUGGAACCGAAGAUGACACAGGCAGUGCUUCAAGAGGAAAUUGGUGGCAGGGUAUGGCCUGUUAUUAG